GAGCAGCUUCCCCAUCAGCAUCUGUGCUGCCACUUCCCUCUGUUUGGUUUCCUGGUAUGAAAAGCUGAGUGUGGCAUCGGGCCAAAGCUGGUAGGAAACUGGAGGCACCGCAUUUGGUUUGAAGAGGAAGGAUCCACUCCUGGAAAACAACAGCUAUUUUAAAUCAGGACGAUCUCAUUGGUUCAUCGGUGAUGAGGUCUUUGCUCGAGAUGCCUCAGCUCGUGACGUUGGCGCGCGCUCCCCCUGACUGGUUGGCUGGUAGGACGGUCCGGUGAGCAGAGACAGAGGAUGAGGAGUAAGUGAAGCGAAGACACGUUCAGCGGACAACUGCUUUUCUCUUUUAAGCUGAAGGAGCUGAAUGAGCUUUGCUGCAGCCAUGCUCAGUCUACCGCGCCCCCUUCUGGUCACCUGCGUGUAUCUCCUGCUGCUGCCGGGCUGUCAGGGCAGGAUCCUCGGCUACACCAAUGGUUUUCACUACCAGGACAUCAGCAACGGGAAUGGACACGGAGAGAUUUAUUUUAAUGGGAUUCGUCUCCACGUGGAAUCCCCUCAGUCUUCAGUGUCAGCCACUAGGGGGAGCACUGUCACCCUUCCGUGUCACUACCACUAUGAGCCUGAACUGACUAUACCACGCAAGACCCGUGUCAAAUGGUCCUGGUUGCCUGCCAACACCAUGACUCCACAAGUUUCUGCUGAUGCCUUCCUCAAGGAGACUGAGGUUAUGGUUGCCAUGGGAAGCCGCCACCGCAGCUACGGCAGCUUCCGUGGCCGCGUGCGCCUGCGACGCUCAGCGCCAGGGGACAUGUCUCUAGUAAUCAAUGAGCUACAGGUCAACGACACAGGAAGAUAUCGCUGUGAAGUGAUUGAUGGCCUGGAGGAUGACAGUGUGACGGUGGAUCUGGAGCUACGGGGUGUGGUGUUUCCUUACUACUCUCAGAAAGGACGCUACCAUUAUAACUUCUUCAGGGCCCAAAAAGAGUGCCAGGAUCAGGACGCUACUUUGGCUACAUUUGAGCAGCUCUUUACAGCAUGGGAGGAGGGGCUAGACUGGUGUAAUGCUGGCUGGUUGGCUGAUGGCACAGUGCAGUAUCCAAUCACAAUCCCACGUGAUGGUUGUGGGGGCAAGAACUUGGCUCCUGGUCUACGGAGCUAUGGAGAACGAGACCGUGUCCUUCACCGAUAUGACGCUUUCUGCUUCGCUGCGUCUGUUAAGGGGACAGUUUACUUCUUAGAGAACACAACCAAGCUCAACUUCACUGAAGCAAUCCAGGCUUGUUCCAGUGAUGGAAGUCAGAUUGCCAAAGUGGGCCAGCUGUAUGCUGCAUGGAAACUGAUGGGAUUGGACCACUGUGAUGCAGGCUGGUUGGCUGAUGGAAGUGUCCGUUAUCCUAUCACAAAGGCCCGGGCUAACUGUGGUCCAUCACAACCAGGUGUGCGUAGUUUUGGGUUCCCCCCUCAGUACCUGAAAUUUGGUGUCUACUGUUAUCGGUCGAUGCUCUGUUUUAACGCGGGACAAAUUAAACCAUACUAAUAGUGAAGCAGGUUAAAGCUCUGCUUGAGAGGUUAGCAUUAGAUAUAGCCUGGAUGCAAAUUAGCAGUUAGCCAGUUUAUUCUUCUCUGAGCUAUUUUAAAGUGAUGGGAUUUGGUUUAUCUCUCUCCAUCUCAAAUAGACCAAUGACACAAUUGACCAUGAAGCAACUGUUAAACUAACUGUGGACAUCAGUCUUGCCGACAUGUCAUUGUUAAACAUGUAAAUCCAAAAUCAUGGGUGUUAUUAUGUUGCUGCAAGAGCAUUCACUCUUUGUUCCAUCACUCUUUUUCCUUUUUUUUUUUAAAUUUAUAUUUUUUUUAUUAAGGUUUCAAAAGCUGGCAUUCACAGUAUGUACAUCAUGUAAGCAUACUUCUUGCUUAGGUUAUCUGCCUUAGAUACCGAAAUAGUAUUUUAAUUUACAUCCGAGUCAUAAAGAGAGAAUAUUUACAACUAUAGAAGCAAUUGAAACAAUCACAUAAUCCGAAAUAAGAAAACAAACAAAACCAACAAACCUACAAACAAAACAGAAAAAAACAAAAAAAAAAACAAACAAAAAACAAAAAACAAAAAACGGAUGUGUUGGUAGGGGGUGAUCCUAUAAAUAUAUACUCUCAUACAUCACAGUUAUUGGUUUGUAAAAAUAAAAUCUGGCCUAUGAGGCGUGAUAUAUUUGACCCAGUUUUCCCAGUAUGAUGUAAAUUUCUCCAGCUUGUGGUUAACAGAAGCUGUUAUCUUUUCCAUGUUAUAGAUUUCCAUUGUGAUUUCCAUCCAUGUACUUAUGUUUGGGCUCUCCGGGGAUAACCAUUUUCUGGUGAUACUCUUUUUACAGGCCACCAGUAGAAUAUUUACUAAAUGUUUAUCAUAUUUAGGCCAUUCCUGAGGUAUAUAUCCAAAGAACAUAGUCUUACUCUCGAGGGGUAUUUCGCAUUUAAAGAUAUCCUGUAAGGCAUUAUGUAUUUCUCUCCAAUAAUCCCUCAAGAUAGAGCAGUCCCAAAAAAUGUGGUAGUGAUUUGCACUUUGAUUUCCACAGUUCCUCCAACAAGCAGGGGAGUUAUCAUCAUAAUGAGACUUCUGAGAAGGUGUUAUAAAGUAUCUAAUUAGGCACUUCCAGCCGAAUUCCCUCCACUUUUGUGAGCUGGUACACAUCCACUGAUACCUCCAUAUUGCCGUCCAUUCUUCCUCUAAUAUUUUUAUCCCUCCUUCCUUCUCCCAUUUUGUUCUAAUAUAUGAAGUCGAAUAUGGUUUCAAAUCCAUUAGACCCUUAUACAGACAUGAUACAAUUCUAUCAAUAGUUUCGGAGUUAUAGCUUUUUAUAAACAAUUCCGUCAAGCGUGUGUUUGUCAUUGUUACAUUUCUGAAUAGGAAUAGACAGCAUUUGUUCCUCAAUGGUUUUCCAUUGGGCAGUGUAUGAUGGGUUACACCAGCAUAUUAUUGCUCUCAUCUGCGCUGCAAAGUAGUAGUAUCUGAGGUCAGGGAGGCCCCAUCCUCCCUUUUGCUUAGCCAGCUGUAGAGUUUUGAGGCGAACCCUUGGUCUUUUACCUUGCCAUAUAUAUCUAGAUAACAUUUUGUCCCACUCAUUAAAUUGACUUUGGUUACCAUCACUCUUUUUCCAUCACACCUGUCACUAUCCAUUUGACAGUUGUUCCUGUUUGGUACACAACAGAUGCUGAUAUGUCUGUGGUCACAGCUGGGUUUCCAGUUUAUCUCAGAGGUGUUAGUUGGGGUUAUCAUCACUGUCUCAAGGCUCACCCAUUGUGCUAGGUAUUGCCAAAGUCCCAGUGCUGGGAC